GCUACGCCAGGCCGCGGCUCCGCAGGCCUCAGCCGGGCCCGCCCCGCAGCGCAGCGCUCCGCCCCGCAGCACGGAACGGACCGACACGGAGCACCGGGAAACGGCAGCGGUUUGGUGGUGUAGGACACUUUCCAGGGUUCACUGCUGAGAACUGACGUUCCACCUCUGCCAAAACCGCUGAGCUCCUUGCAGCAAGGAAGAGGCCAGGGCAGCCCUAAGCCAUGUCCAGCGACCCUCCGCCCCCCUACCCGGGACGCCCCUCAGCUCCGCCGAUAGAGGAGAAGCACGGCCCACCCCCUGCAACAGAUGGCAUCUCCCCAGCCAUGGUGCAGCCCCAGGGGGCUCCCGUUCCUCCUCCUGAAUUUGGACCGCCCCCAUAUGAGCCUCCACAGCCGGGCUUCGUGCCCCCACACAUGCCCACAGACGGCUCCCAGCCCUACAUGCCUCCUGCAGGUUAUUACCCCCCCCCAGGCCCUCACCCUCCCAUGGGCUACUACCCUCCCCCUGGUCACUACCCACCGCCCGGCGGCCACACGGCGACAGUGCUCGUCCCUUCAGGGAGCGCCACCACAGUGACCGUGCUGCAGGGAGAGAUCUUCCAGGGCGCCCCGGUGCAGACAGUGUGUCCCCACUGCCAGCAAGCCAUCACCACCAAGAUCUCCUACGAGAUUGGGCUCAUGAGCUUCCUGCUGGGCUUCUUGUGCUGCUUUGUGGGGUGCGAUCUCUGCUGCUGCCUCAUCCCCUGCCUGUUCGAUGACUUCAAGGAUGUGACACACACGUGUCCCAACUGCAAGGCCUAUAUCUACACGUACAAGCGCAUGUGCUAACAGCACCCUGGGAGCCUGAGCCACUGGAAUGACACCGGCCCCUCUCCCACUGCCGUCCUAAUCUAUGUGUGUGCAGCACUCCUUUGCUUACCCUUGGUGGUGUGUACCUGUGUGUCCUUCCCCUCCCUCCUGCUCCGGGCUGUGACCGCGAUCCCCAAGCUCUGCUCCUCGCUGUGAAUGGUCAGACAGGGGACACUGGUUGGGGGCACAGGAUGAGGGGCUGAGCCCCAGUUGCUGCGUGCAGGGCUCCCUCUGCACCCCAUUGCUCCAGGGCAUCAGCACAGCUCCUCCUGCCUGGAGCAAGCUGGGGAUGAGCAGCUGCUGCAGGUGCCCACCCCUCACUGCAGCCCACUGGAUGGGGUUGGUAUGGAUAUACUGUCCCGCUUGCUGUUCUAAGGGGAUGGAGGAAGUCAGGGCAGCUGGCAGAGCACACUGUGGGUGCAGCACAGCCACUGCACUCAAUUGUAGACCUUUAAGGAAGUAGACUGGUGGAGGUUUGGCAUUGAGAAGACAAAGCAGUCAGUACCAGGUUCCACCUGGCUCAGGGCCCUCUCCAGCCAGGUCAGCAAGGAGCAUAUAGGCAACGUAUCCCAGGUAGAGGCACACGGAGCUGCCUUCAAGGCACAGACAGAGAAAGGGCUGCAGCACAGCACCCCUAUCAGCCCAUCCAUCCUUGUAGGGAAGCCCCAGUGCCUGGUGGCCAUGGCUGCCCAGCUGCAUGCACCUCCUCCCAGCCCUGCUGCAGGUGUUUCAGGGAAGGAAAGCCCCCGGCUGUUUCUCAUCCACCUGGUAAGCUAUUAGCAGAAAUGCAUCCAGCAUGUUGCUACCUGCUCCUGGCGCUGUAGAAUAGGGGACUUUGUUACCUGACUGCAGCUGGCUCCCAGCUCUGGAGCAGAUUCUCACCCACCUGCUGCAGAACUGCACCCCACCCCAAGCCCAGCAGUGUCUAUGGGCACCACCCUGCUGUCACAGCAGGCGUACCCUGUGGGGUUCCUUGUUGCAUGUGGGUGUAGGGGUUUAUUUGUAGCUCACUUCCCACGGAGUAGAAGAAUGGGGGCAAGCAGUGACACAAGCUGCCAGCAGCACUGUGACAGAUGAGGGCAGGAGAGCCUGGGAGCCAUUCUCAGUCUCUGUGGUCACACCUCACACUGGUUCCCCCUGCUCUCACCUCCUGCAGUUGGGGCAGCUGAGGUGCACAGCCCCCAGAGCUGAGCAGAGGGGCUUCUCAGGGAGCAUGUCUGCAAACAGCCUGGCCUGCAGGCUGCUUGCUCAGAGGUGGAACUGUGACGAUAGUCCCAGUAUUUGUAUGUAAAUAAACGUAAGACCCUGA